CCUUUAACGUGCGGCACGGAACUAAGUCAGUUUUAAUAGACGCACGCGGCCAGCAGGGGACUCUAACUAAUCAUUUCAACAAAUGGCACCUGUUCGGUUCAAAGGAAAAGUCUGGAGGCCACGGGACUGCGGCAUCCUAGUGCGCUCAAAACUGCAGUUUGACAACUUCUCGAGACUGAAAGACCCGAAGCGUGCUCGUUUGGCAAGUUUCCUCACAAAUAAAGAAACACCAAGAUAAGCGGAACAGGUGUAGUCGACAACUGCUCGACAAUCUUAGCCUUGGCAGCCACACAGCUUUUGAAACAUGCGGCUGUUUCUGCGCCGGCGCAUGUCUCCUCUGAAACUGGUGGUCCUCGGGGGGACUCUGUUCAUGGUGGCCCUGGUGGUUCUUCAGAGGGAUGUCGGCUCCUCGCCUGCCGGGGACCCCUGGUUUCAAGAGCUUGUGGACAAGGGGGACAAGGUGAUGGUCAUGGUCCGGGAGGCCGUCAACAACAUUGGCUUCCAGAUCAGAGCUCCGCAGCCACCACCGGCACAGGAGCAGAGCACCCAGGAUGCUAACUGCCCCGCUGGCUUCUACACGCAGGCUGAACUCAAGCCUCACCUGGAAAGACCACCACAGGACCCCGGAAGCCCCGGGGCUGAUGGGAAUGCAUUUCAAAAAGACCACAUGUCCCCAGAGGAGGAGAAGGAGAAGGAGGAGGGCAUGACGCGGCACUGUUUCAACCAGUUUGCCAGCGACCGUAUCUCGCUCAGCCGUAGCCUUGGGGAAGACACGAGGCCUCCAGAGUGCGUGGAGAGGAAGUUUCGCCGUUGCCCUCCUCUGCCCACCACCAGUGUUAUUAUAGUCUUCCACAAUGAAGCCUGGUCCACCCUCCUCAGGACGGUCUACAGUGUUCUGUACACAUCUCCUGCCAUCCUGCUCAAAGAGAUUAUCUUGGUAGAUGACGCCAGUACUGCAGAGCACCUGAAGAACCAGCUGGAGGAGCAUGUACGUCAGCUGAAGAUCGUCCACGUAGUGAGGCAGCCUGAGAGGAAGGGCCUCAUAACAGCCAGGCUGCUGGGUGCCAGUAUCGCUCAGGGAGAAAUUCUUACCUUCCUUGACGCACACUGUGAGUGUUUCCACAGUUGGCUCGAGCCCCUGUUGGCACGCAUUGUUGAAGAACCCACUGCUGUGGUUAGUCCUGAGAUCAGCACCAUUGACCUCAACUCCUUUCAGUUUCACAAGCCUGUGGCCACUAACCGCGCUUUCAACCGAGGCAACUUCGAUUGGAGCUUGACUUUUGGCUGGGAGGUAAUCCCAGAGGAUGCAAAGAAGCUGCGCAAGGACGAAACCUACCCUGUAAAAACACCUACUUUUGCUGGAGGUCUUUUCUCAAUCUCAAAGAAGUACUUUGAACACAUUGGAACAUACGAUGACAAGAUGGAGAUCUGGGGUGGUGAAAAUGUGGAGAUGUCAUUCAGGGUGUGGCAGUGUGGGGGUCAGCUAGAGAUCAUCCCUUGCUCUGUGGUGGGCCAUGUCUUCCGCACCAAGAGCCCCCAUACCUUCCCCAAGGGCACUGAGGUCAUCACUCGCAACCAGGUGCGCCUGGCCGAGGUCUGGAUGGAUGACUACAAGAAGAUCUACUAUCGCCGUAACAAGAAUGCUGCAGUUAUGGCCAGUGAGCAUAAGUACGGAGAUAUCUCUGAUCGUUUGAAACUAAGAGAGAGGCUGCAGUGCAAGAACUUCACCUGGUACUUAAACACAGUCUACCCAGAGGCCUUUGUUCCAGACUUAACACCAGAAAAGUUUGGAGCAAUUCGAAACUCAGGAUCUCAAACCUGUCUGGAUGUAGGAGAGAACAACAUAGGAGAUAAACCUGUGAUCAUGUACCAGUGUCACAACAUGGGAGGCAACCAGUACUUCGAAUAUACAAGUCAUAAGGAGCUGCGUCAUAACAUUGGAAAGCAGCUGUGUCUUCAUGCCACUCCCCAGCCAGAGCAGGUGAAGAUCCAGCUCUGCCAGCUGAAGGGGAAGGGCACCAGUUUGUCACCGCAACAGGAGUGGGUCUUUACAGAGGAAAAUCUUCUGAAGAAUCCCAGCAGUGGGAAAUGUUUACAGUUGAAAGGAGACCAGAUUCAGAUGGACUACUGUAAUGCUGCUGAUCUCUACCAGCACUGGACCUUCAGCUGACCUCAGAGUAUGCCCAUCAGGUGACCUCUGGCACCAUGUGCACCCUUCCUCGGACUCAGCCCUGAGGAGCCAACUCCACAUUGAUCCAGAAGGACUUCAUGCUGUGGACCUUGAGGGAUUUGGCUGCACUGAGUGGAUAAAUAAAGAUGAAGGCACAGUCACAUCUGUUGAAGAAGCUCAGGUUGACCUGAACUUGUUUUAAAUUUAUUUAUGAUGGAAACUCAGGAAAGACAUUUGAAGGUGGUUGGGGAUAUCCAGAGUGUGGACUUUGCAGGCAGGAGUUGCAGCUUGAUCAUGGCUGUGAACUGUAAUAAUCUCUACACUCCACUCUAUUUAGUGACUUUUUUUUUUUUUUGUCUGACAAAAUGUGACAAUAUGCACAAGUCUUACAUAAGAGUAAGAGAUGUCUGUUUUAUUUUGUUUUUAAUAAAAAUCCUAUUUUGUUGUGUCA